UGUUCGUUUCCUCAUCCCUGACGUGAGGGUCAGACAUAAAUUUCAAAAUUGAGGUUUCAGAGUUGGAGAGAUGAGUAACAACAAGAAAAGGGCAAGAAAAGAUGUAAUCCUGCAGUAUAAUAAAUGAUAUAAAGAUGUAGGAUGAGGGAGAUCAGGACUGUGUCUAUUUAUCCACCAAAGAGAAGGUAAGCCCCAACUUGGGCGAUGUGUUUUGAGGUCUUUUUUUUUUUUUGUCUGCCUUUGAGGCAGCCAUGUAAAACUAAAUACCUAAGAACUCUCCACCGUGGUACACAUGCUCCACAUGUACACACAGAAACAAUGCAAACCCACUGCCUCCUUCCUUCCUCCCUAACCCCCCUCUCAGCAUUUCUGUCUGCACUGCCCUCCCCUAUCCAAAUUUUCCAGCCAGCAGUUGGAGCUGACUUCCGCAAUCCUGGUGGAAUAAAUCCAGCAUCCCUAGUCAUCCGUCCACAUUAUCCACACUUCCCUGCCGAGACGAGCCCAGAGAACAGAUCCCGUCAGCAGGAUGUGGGGGUUCAAGGUUCUACUAUUGCUGCCUGUGGUGAGCUUCGCUCUAUACCCUGAGGAGAUACUGGACACCCAAUGGGAGCUAUGGAAGAAGACCUACAGAAAGCAGUAUAACAGCAAGGUGGAUGAAAUCUCUCGGCGUUUAAUUUGGGAAAAAAACCUGAAGCAUAUUUCCAUCCAUAAUCUUGAGGCCUCUCUUGGUGUCCAUACAUAUGAACUGGCCAUGAAUCAUUUGGGGGACAUGACUAGCGAAGAAGUGGUUCAGAAGAUGACUGGACUCAAAGUACCCCCGUCUCAUUCCCGCAGUAAUGACACCCUCUAUAUCCCAGACUGGGAAGGCAGAGCCCCAGACUCUGUUGAUUAUCGAAAGAAGGGAUAUGUUACUCCUGUCAAAAACCAGGGUCAGUGUGGUUCCUGUUGGGCUUUCAGCUCUGUGGGUGCCCUGGAGGGCCAGCUCAAGAAGAAAACUGGCAAACUCUUAAAUCUGAGUCCCCAGAACCUGGUGGACUGUGUGUCUGAGAAUGACGGCUGCGGAGGGGGCUACAUGACCAAUGCCUUCCAGUAUGUGCAGAAGAACCGGGGCAUUGACUCUGAAGAUGCCUACCCAUAUGUGGGACAGGAUGAAAGUUGUAUGUACAAUCCAACAGGCAAGGCAGCUAAGUGCAGAGGGUACAGAGAGAUCCCUGAGGGAAACGAAAAAGCCUUAAAGAGGGCAGUGGCCCGAGUGGGACCCAUCUCUGUGGCCAUUGAUGCAAGCCUGACCUCCUUCCAGUUUUACAGUAAAGGUGUGUAUUACGAUGAAAACUGCAAUGGCGCCAAUCUGAACCACGCGGUUUUGGCAGUGGGAUACGGGAUUCAGAAGGGAAACAAGCACUGGAUAAUUAAAAACAGCUGGGGAGAAAACUGGGGGAACAAAGGCUAUAUCCUCAUGGCUCGGAAUAAGAACAACGCUUGUGGCAUUGCCAACCUGGCCAGCUUCCCCAAGAUGUGACUUCAGUCAGCCAACCCCGUCCUGCUCCUCCGUCCCUUCCGCAAUGGGGCAGCACACCGAUGUACUUUGGGAGGGAACUGGUAUGCCUUUCUUGAAGCAGAUGCAGAGAUCGUCCGUUCAGUUUCCCUCUGUUUGUGCUUCAAGUGACACUCCUACUACUUUUCUUCUCUUCCCCUAGGUCUUUAUUUUUCCAUUGUGGCCACAGUAGGAAUUUCCCUAACAGGUAUGCAUUCUUGGGCUAAGAUAUGUAACCACAGCCUGCCCUGACUGUGUUAUCCUGGGGCUGACGCUGCGCAAGUAGGAGCUAGAGAGCUUCAGAUAGGCUAGAUUCUCACUCAGAGACUAGUUAGCUCUACCAGCUCUAGAGGACUAAGGUGACCUGAGUUCUGGUUCCAUAUUUACUUCUAUCUCUUAAAGGUAGAACUUUCUAUUUUUUCCACCCCAAUUAAUAGAUCUAUUCACAAAUGUUUGGUACGAGUUUACAAGAUACAGCAAAUGUGUUUUCUGUUUCUUUCUUUGCAUUUUCAAUGUAAACCAUAUUUAUCUUUCAUCUAUAAUUUAAUAAAUAGCUAUUUAGUAAACAUUCAUCUUGUGUCGGAUACUAGCUAGGUGCUGUAGACAAAAAGAUGAAUAAAAGAU